GCAAAUUUUCUAUUCGUAUGUUUCCUCCUCAUUCUUCAACUCAUGUAUUUAUCAAUCACGAAACUAAUUCCAAUAAGUGAAUCAUUAAAUUGAACUCUUUCUGAACGAUACAUUAUAGUGUAACAGCCAUCAAUAAUUACGUAAAUUCGUUAAUAAAAUGGCGUCAUCCAUAAUAUUAACCGGCUUGGGAGUUGCGGCUGUUGGAUUUGCUGGCAAACAUUUGAUGCGCCGCAUGCCUGCAAUGACCACCAAAAUCAACGAGGCAAUGAAAAAUCUACCAAAAUUUGAUGCGGAAUCGUUGGCCAACUCCAAAUAUUAUAAGGGUGGAUUUGAUCCAAAAAUGAAUAAGAGAGAGGCCUCAUUAAUCUUAGGUGUUAGUCCAAGUGCUUCCAAAUCUAAGAUUAAAGAUGCACACAAGAAAAUUAUGUUAUUGAAUCAUCCUGAUCGUGGUGGUUCUCCCUAUUUGGCAGCUAAAAUUAAUGAAGCUAAAGACUUUUUAGACAAUGGCAAAUAGGAUAUGGUUUAUAUGGAAUGUUACUAGAUAGUAGGUGUAAUAUAAUUUGUAGAUUUACAUAUAUUUAAUGUUAAAAAAUAAUAAAAAAAAUAAUAAUUUUUA